AUGCCUCAGUUCAGCACCUUCCACUCGGAAAACCGAGACUGGACCUUCAACCACUUGACUGUGCACCGCGGGACAGGGGCGGUGUAUGUGGGGGCCAUCAACCGGGUCUACAAGCUAACGGGCAACCUGACCAUCCAGGUGGCUCACAAGACAGGGCCGGAGGAGGACAACAAGUCUUGCUACCCGCCCCUGAUUGUGCAGCCCUGCAGCGAGGUGCUCACCCUCACCAACAACGUCAACAAGCUGCUCAUCAUUGACUACUCCGAGAACCGCCUGCUGGCCUGUGGCAGCCUCUACCAGGGCGUCUGCAAGCUGCUGCGUCUCGACGACCUCUUCAUCUUGGUGGAGCCAUCCCACAAGAAGGAGCACUACUUGUCCAGCGUCAACAAGACCGGCACCAUGUACGGAGUGAUCGUGCGCUCCGAGGGGGAGGACGGCAAGCUCUUCAUCGGCACGGCGGUGGACGGCAAGCAGGAUUACUUCCCCACGCUGUCCAGCCGCAAGCUGCCCCGCGACCCCGAGUCCUCGGCCAUGCUGGACUAUGAGCUCCACAGCGAUUUCGUCUCCUCCCUCAUUAAGAUCCCUUCUGACACCUUGGCCCUGGUCUCCCACUUUGACAUCUUCUACAUCUAUGGCUUCGCCAGCGGGGGCUUCGUCUACUUUCUCACUGUCCAGCCCGAAACCCCCGAGGGUGUGGCCAUCAAUUCCGCCGGGGACCUCUUCUACACUUCCCGUAUCGUGCGUCUUUGCAAGGAUGACCCCAAGUUCCACUCGUACGUGUCUCUGCCCUUCGGCUGCACACGUGCAGGAGUGGAAUACCGCCUCUUGCAGGCUGCUUACCUCGCCAAGCCUGGGGAUGCGCUAGCCCAGGCCUUCAACAUCAGCAGCCAGGAUGAUGUGCUCUUCGCCAUCUUCUCCAAAGGGCAGAAGCAGUAUCACCAUCCACCUGAUGACUCCGCCCUCUGUGCCUUCCCCAUCCGGGCCAUCAACUUGCAGAUCAAGGAGCGCCUGCAGUCCUGCUACCAGGGCGAGGGCAAUUUGGAGCUCAACUGGCUGCUGGGGAAAGAUGUGCAGUGCACCAAAGCGCCGGUCCCCAUCGAUGACAACUUCUGUGGACUGGACAUCAAUCAGCCCCUCGGAGGCUCCACUCCAGUGGAGGGGCUGACCCUCUACACCACCAGUCGGGACCGUAUGACCUCCGUGGCCUCCUACGUUUACAAUGGCUACAGUGUGGUCUUUGUGGGCACCAAGAGUGGCAAACUGAAGAAGAUUCGAGCUGAUGGUCCCCCCCAUGGUGGGGUCCAGUAUGAGAUGGUCUCUGUGCUCAAAGAUGGGAGCCCCAUCCUUCGGGACAUGGCCUUUUCCAUUGAUCAGCGCUACCUAUAUGUCAUGUCUGAGAGACAGGUCACCAGGGUCCCUGUGGAGUCAUGUGAACAGUACACAACUUGUGGGGAGUGCCUGAGCUCCGGGGAUCCUCACUGUGGCUGGUGCACUCUGCACAACAUGUGCUCCCGCAGGGACAAGUGCCAGCGGGCCUGGGAACCAAAUCGAUUUGCUGCCAGCAUCAGCCGGUGCAUGAGCCUCGCAGUACAUCCAAGCAGCAUCUCCGUGUCUGAGCACAGCCGGCUGCUCAGCCUGGUUGUGAGUGAUGCUCCUGAUCUCUCUGCUGGUAUCGCCUGUGCCUUUGGGAACCUGACGGAGGUAGAGGGGCAGGUGUCCGGGAGCCAGGUCAUCUGUGUCUCCCCUGGGCCCAAAGAUGUCCCUGUCAUCCCUGUGGAUCAAGACUGGUUUGGGCUGGAGCUACAGCUGAGGUCCAAGGAGACGGGGAAGAUAUUUGUCAGCACCGAGUUCAAGUUUUACAACUGCAGCGCCCACCAACUGUGCCUGUCCUGUGUCAACAGCGCCUUCCGCUGCCAUUGGUGCAAGUAUCGCAACCUCUGCACUCAUGACCCCACGACCUGCUCCUUCCAAGAGGGCCGGAUCAACAUUUCAGAGGACUGUCCCCAGCUGGUGCCCACGGAGGAGAUUCUGAUUCCGGUCGGAGAGGUGAAACCGAUCACCCUUAAGGCUCGAAACUUGCCCCAGCCUCAGUCGGGCCAGCGAGGCUACGAAUGUGUUCUCAACAUCCAGGGGGCCAUCCACCGGGUCCCUGCCCUGCGCUUCAACAGCUCCAGUGUCCAGUGUCAGAAUAGUUCGUACCAGUAUGAUGGGAUGGACAUCAGCAACCUGGCCGUGGACUUCGCCGUCGUGUGGAAUGGCAAUUUCAUCAUUGACAACCCUCAGGACUUGAAAGUGCACCUCUACAAGUGUGCAGCCCAGCGGGAGAGCUGUGGGCUCUGCCUCAAGGCCGACCGAAAGUUCGAGUGUGGCUGGUGCAGCGGCGAGCGCAGAUGCACCCUCCACCAGCACUGUACCAGCCCCUCCAGUCCCUGGCUGGACUGGUCCAGCCACAACGUUAAGUGCUCCAACCCCCAAAUCACCGAGAUCUUGACAGUAUCAGGACCACCCGAAGGAGGAACUCGAGUGACCAUCCAUGGCGUGAACUUGGGCCUGGACUUCUCCGAGAUCGCUCACCACGUGCAGGUGGCUGGUGUGCCCUGCACACCCCUCCCAGGGGAAUACAUCAUUGCUGAGCAGAUCGUCUGUGAGAUGGGCCAUGCCCUUGUGGGAACCGCCUCUGGGCCAGUGCGCCUGUGCAUUGGCGAGUGCAAGCCAGAGUUCAUGACCAAGUCUCAUCAACAGUACACCUUUGUGGUAGAAAGAGGGCACAGGAGGUCCAUGAAUGAGAUCGUGUGUGUCUCACCCCCAUCAGCCAAUGGACUGGGCCCAGUCCCGGUUUCCGUGAGUGUUGACAGGGCCCGGGUGGAUAACAGCCUGCAGUUUGAGUACAUAGAUGACCCUCGCGUCCAGCGCAUUGAGCCAGAGUGGAGCAUUGCCAGCGGCCACACACCCCUGACCAUCACAGGCUUCAACCUCGAUGUCAUUCAGGAACCAAGGAUCCGGGUCAAGUUUAAUGGCAAAGAAUCUGUCAAUGUGUGUAAAGUUGUGAACACGACCACCCUGACUUGCCUGGCACCCUCCCUGACCACGGAUUACCGGCCAGGCUUGGACACUGUGGAGCGGCCAGAUGAGUUCGGAUUCGUCUUUAACAACGUCCAGUCCUUGCUGAUUUACAACGACACCAAGUUCAUCUACUACCCCAACCCCACCUUUGAACUGCUCAGCCCCACAGGAGUCUUGGAUCAAAAGCCAGGAUCGCCCAUCAUCCUGAAGGGCAAAAACCUCUGUCCCCCCGCCUCUGGAGGAGCGAAACUCAACUACACGGUGCUGAUUGGAGAGACCCCUUGCGCUGUCACCGUGUCUGAAACACAGCUCCUCUGCGAACCCCCCAACCUCACAGGGCAGCACAAGGUCAUGGUUCACGUGGGCGGGAUGGUGUUCUCGCCUGGCUCGGUGAGUGUCAUCUCAGACAGCUUGCUGACCCUGCCAGCCAUCGUCAGCAUCGCGGCCGGCGGCAGCCUCCUGCUCAUCAUCGUCAUCAUCGUCCUCAUUGCCUACAAACGCAAGUCUCGAGAAAAUGACCUCACGCUCAAGCGGCUCCAAAUGCAGAUGGACAACCUGGAGUCUCGCGUGGCCCUGGAGUGUAAGGAAGCCAAAGAGUUUAUGGUGCCACCAACCAGCAGGGAUGAAAGGACCGAGUCUGUGGCUGAGAAGAUGCUGACCAAUUGGUUUGCUUUCCUCCUGCAUAAGUUCCUCAAGGAGUGCGCGGGGGAACCGCUCUUCAUGCUGUACUGCGCCAUCAAACAGCAGAUGGAGAAGGGCCCCAUCGAUGCCAUCACAGGCGAGGCCCGCUACUCCCUGAGCGAGGACAAGCUCAUUCGGCAGCAGAUCGAAUACAAGACCCUGAUCCUGAACUGUGUCAACCCCGACAAUGAGAACAGUCCUGAGAUCCCAGUGAAGGUGCUGAACUGCGACACCAUCACACAAGUCAAGGAGAAGAUCCUCGACGCCGUGUAUAAGAAUGUGCCCUACUCCCAGCGGCCCAGGGCCGUGGACAUGGACUUGGAAUGGCGCCAAGGCCGGAUCGCCCGAGUCGUGCUGCAGGAUGAGGACAUCACUACCAAGAUUGAGGGCGACUGGAAGCGGCUCAACACCCUGAUGCAUUACCAGGAUGGUAAUGACCAGGAUGAUGAUGAUGAUGAUGAUGAUGAUGAUGAUGAUGCUCAUAAUGGCAACACUAAUGCCAAUGUAUCAGACAGGUCGGUGGUAGCUCUGGUCCCCAAACAGACCUCCUCCUACAACAUCCCUGCCUCUGCCAGCAUCUCCAGGACGUCCAUCAGCAGAUACGACUCCUCCUUCAGGUACACAGGCAGUCCCGACAGCCUGCGGUCCAGAGCCCCCAUGAUCACCCCAGACCUGGAGAGCGGGGUCAAGGUGUGGCAUCUGGUGAAGAACCAUGACCAUGGUGACCAGAAGGAAGGUGACCGGGGCAGCAAGAUGGUGUCUGAGAUCUACCUGACUCGGCUACUGGCCACCAAGGGCACCCUCCAGAAGUUCGUGGACGAUUUGUUUGAGACCUUGUUCAGCACUGUGCACCGGGGCAGCGCACUCCCCCUGGCCAUCAAAUACAUGUUUGAUUUCCUGGAUGAGCAGGCAGACAGACACAGCAUCCACGACACAGAUGUGCGACACACCUGGAAGAGCAACUGCCUCCCUCUGCGCUUCUGGGUGAACGUCAUCAAGAACCCCCAGUUUGUAUUUGACAUCCACAAGGGCAGCAUCACGGACGCCUGCCUCUCUGUGGUGGCCCAGACCUUCAUGGACUCCUGCUCCACGUCAGAGCACAGGCUGGGCAAGGACUCCCCCUCCAACAAGCUGCUCUAUGCCAAGGACAUCCCCAGCUACAAGAGCUGGGUGGAGAGAUACUAUGCAGACAUUGCCAAGCUCCCAGCCAUCAGCGACCAGGACAUGAACGCCUACCUCGCGGAGCAGUCACGCCUGCACGCUGUGGAGUUCAACAUGCUGAGCGCCCUCAAUGAGAUCUACUCUUAUGUCAGCAAGUAUAGUGAGGAGCUCAUUGGGGCACUAGAGCAGGACGAGCAGGCCCGGCGGCAGCGGCUGGCUUACAAGGUGGAGCAGCUCAUUAGUGCCAUGUCCAUUGAGAGCUGA